AUGGUAGAACUUGGCUGCGAAAUACCUCUAGGGCAUGGAUUUAUCGUUCUUGGAGCUUUUAUCUCGAUCUUCUCCAGCUCCGUUCCCGUCCGCGAUCUACCAUUAAAAGGAGGCCCGUCUACUUUCCAUUUGCUUCUUCAUUUCACACAUCUCUUCCUCAAUGGAUUCAAUCAACGAUCUCUGCAAUCCACCGACUUCUCUGCGUGCGAACGCGACCGCAACUACCAACCCAUCCAGAUCGACCAUUACGGGAGCGGCGUAGCGCCCAACGAUAUCCUACGCCGCUUACACGUCACCACGUCUAUUGACUACGCCGCUGGGGCGCUAUCGUACAGCGUCUUCGAAGAGAAGACGUACAGCGUGCCGGGGAUGCGAUCACUCAAGAUGCUCAACCUGACGUUGACGCAUGAGAGACCUGGACAAGCCACCGAGUUCGGCAAGAUCUCCCCCGUGCUCAAGAUACUUGAGGCGCAAGGCGUUACUGUCAAUGUCGUUUCUUGCCGGCGCUCAAAGUGGACGGAUUUAUCAAGCUUGUUUGACGAGCCUGAUCUAGAAGAGCUGUAGCAGCUAAGGAACAGGAGAUCGAUCCGGAAAGUAUGAGUAUUAGUUUUGCGGGUUUUGUGGAUGAAGCUUCGCAGGGUAGCGCUUGCGGAUCAUUAUCGAGGAUUCCGAGAGAAGGAGCUACAAGAGAAGACCAGAGCGUUGCAUGGGCCGGCCAUUCUAGCAGCGUUGAACUAAGACUCUUUGGCACAAGUAAUCCCAAGGAAGGAAUCCAGAUUUCACGGUCUGGAGAGCGAGAGUUGAGAUGCUUCAGGGUCCUGUUUCUUUCUAGAUGCUUGCAGACGUGUUCGUUGGUAUAAGGUCGUACCCUCACGCCGCAUUUCUUAUUCCAUGCGGCGCAUCUCAAAUACAUCGAGCGGAGACGCGGUCGCGGCGAAGCUCUCAGAGCGCAUGCAAAUUAG